AUGAAUCCCAUGUGGUUCCGCGUGUUCGAGGCCUGGGCAGUGACCCGCCUUCUCCAAAGUGCUGCCUUCCACCGAGCCGUCCACGGCGUCCACAAACGAGUAAUGCGCCUCCGGCACGGAACACCGAUGGAGGAGCUAGGCGGCACCAACAUUGACAAGCCAGGUCCCGGAUUGCUUGAACAUUUCCGGAAAGAGAUAAAAGACCAGCUAAAGGACCUCCCAGUCGUCCGCCGAAAAUAA